GACUGACGGCUCGCGGCUCGAAUGUCGCAUAAACUUGAAGGUGACGGGGUUUUCGGUCUCUUUCCCACAGAGGUCUCCCGUUUGCGAAGUGAUAUCGGUAGGCAAACAGAGAGAGGCAAAGUGUAGCAGCUAAAAUGGUGAACUUUACAGUAGACCAGAUACGUGCGAUCAUGGACAAGAAGUCCAACAUUAGAAAUAUGUCUGUGAUCGCACAUGUUGACCAUGGCAAAUCAACAUUAACAGACUCAUUAGUAUGUAAAGCUGGUAUAAUAGCUUCAGCUAGAGCAGGAGAAACAAGAUUUACAGACACACGCAAAGAUGAACAGGAAAGAUGCAUCACUAUUAAGUCUACUGCCAUCUCCCUUUUCUACGAACUAUCUGAAAAUGAUCUGGCUUUCAUCAAGCAGUGCAAAGAUGGAUCUGGUUUUCUGAUUAACCUUAUUGAUUCUCCUGGACAUGUAGACUUCUCAUCUGAAGUGACAGCCGCUCUCCGAGUCACUGAUGGUGCACUUGUUGUUGUAGACUGUGUUUCAGGUGUGUGUGUACAGACUGAAACUGUACUGCGUCAGGCCAUAGCUGAGCGCAUCAGGCCAGUCCUUAUGAUGAACAAGAUGGAUCGUGCUCUGCUUGAACUUCAGCUGGGUCCUGAAGAGCUCUACCAGACCUUCCAGCGCAUUGUAGAAAAUGUCAAUGUCAUUAUCUCUACAUAUGGAGAAGGGGAGUCUGGGCCUAUGGGCAACAUCAUGAUUGAUCCUGUUGUAGGUACAGUUGGGUUUGGUUCUGGUCUACAUGGCUGGGCUUUUACACUGAAACAGUUCGCAGAGAUGUACGUAGCCAAGUUUGCCUCCAAGGGAGAAAAAACACAGCUUUCUUCAGCUGACCGUGCCAAAAAAGUUGAGGACAUGAUGAAGAAGCUGUGGGGAGACAAAUAUUUUGACCCCUCAUCGGGUAAAUUCAGCAAGACUGCUACUGGACCAGAUGGCAAGAAGCUGCCACGUACCUUCUGUCAACUUGUGCUUGAUCCUGUAUUUAAGGUUUUUGACGCCAUCAUGAAUUUCAAGAAGGAAGAAACAGCUAAGCUGAUCGAUAAACUAGAUAUCAAGCUUGAUACAGAAGACAAGGAAAAAGAAGGCAAACCACUCCUUAAGGCUGUUAUGCGCCGCUGGCUGCCUGCUGGAGAUGCCCUGCUACAGAUGAUCACUAUUCACUUACCAUCACCUGUAACAGCCCAGAAAUACCGCUGCGAGCUUCUGUAUGAGGGACCUCCUGAUGAUGAAGCUGCUUUAGCUGUCAGGAGCUGUGACCCUAAAGGACCUCUGAUGAUGUAUAUUUCAAAGAUGGUACCCACAUCUGACAAGGGGCGUUUCUAUGCAUUUGGGCGUGUCUUCUCUGGCAUUGUGUCAACUGGUCAGAAAGUACGUAUCAUGGGACCAAACUACACACCUGGAAGGAAGGAGGAUCUUUAUCUGAAACCUAUUCAAAGAACCAUUCUGAUGAUGGGUCGUUAUGUAGAGCCAAUUGAGGAUGUCCCGUGUGGUAACAUUGUUGGACUGGUUGGUGUUGAUCAGUUUCUUAUAAAAACUGGUACAAUCACUACAUUUGAACAUGCUCAUAAUAUGAGAGUUAUGAAGUUCAGUGUAAGCCCUGUUGUGCGUGUUGCUGUGGAGGCUAAGAAUCCUGCUGAUCUGCCCAAACUCGUUGAGGGUUUAAAACGUUUAGCCAAAUCAGAUCCUAUGGUUCAGUGCAUCAUUGAAGAAUCUGGAGAGCAUAUUAUUGCUGGAGCUGGUGAGCUGCACCUGGAAAUCUGCCUUAAAGAUCUGGAGGAAGACCACGCUUGUAUUCCACUCAAGAAAUCGGAUCCUGUUGUGUCCUAUCGUGAGACGGUCAGUGAUGAAUCUAACCAGAUGUGUCUUUCCAAGUCACCUAAUAAGCACAACAGACUUUAUGUGAAAGCCCGUCCUUUCCCUGAUGGCCUGGCUGAAGACAUUGACAAAGGAGAGGUUACAGCUCGACAGGAACUGAAGCAGCGUGCCCGUUACUUGGCUGAAAAAUAUGAGUGGGAUGUUGGUGAGGCUCGCAAAAUAUGGUGCUUUGGACCUGAUGGUACUGGUCCCAACAUCCUGGUUGAUAUCACAAAGGGAGUACAAUAUUUGAAUGAAAUAAAAGACAGUGUUGUUGCCGGAUUCCAGUGGGCAACAAAAGAGGGGCCCUUGUGUGAAGAGAAUAUGCGAGGUGUGCGGUUUGACAUACAUGAUGUUACACUCCACGCUGAUGCCAUUCACCGUGGUGGAGGCCAGAUCAUUCCAACUGCAAGAAGAGUUCUCUAUGCCAGUGCGCUGACUGCUCAGCCAAGAUUUAUGGAGCCCAUUUACUUAGUGGAGAUUCAGUGCCCAGAACAAGUCGUGGGUGGCAUUUAUGGUGUACUCAACAGGAAACGUGGCAUCGUCUUUGAAGAAUCCCAAGUUUCAGGAACUCCAAUGUUUAUUGUAAAAGCCUAUCUACCUGUAAAUGAAUCUUUUGGUUUCACAGCUGACUUAAGAUCCAACACUGGAGGACAAGCCUUCCCACAGUGUGUUUUUGAUCACUGGCAGAUCCUUCCUGGAGAUCCUUAUGAUCCUGCCACUCGUCCUUUUCAGAUUGUUGCUGAAACCCGCAAACGCAAGGGCUUGAAAGAAGGCAUUCCAGCUCUAGACAACUUCCUGGACAAGUUAUAGAGUGUAACUUGUUAUAAUUUUGUCAUAACUUUUUUCAUGCCUGAAUUCUAGCUUUUAUUAUAUUUUCCUUAGAAAAAAUAGAAAUUUACUGGCAAGGAGAAGGAAGAAAUGAAAGCCGAUCUCUAAUACUCAUAGAUCAGAAGAAUGAAAUCAACAUUACUUUUACUGAAACUUCCGAACAGGGUGUAAUAAAACACCCCAAAGUAAAAAAUACAAAAAAUAAGUAAAUAAAAAAAUAGAAAAAUGUAAAUAUAAACAUAAAUAAAAGUUAAAAGCUGCUACACUA